AUAAAUAUGGAAAUUGAAAGUGGUGAAGGACAACUUCAAAUUCAUUUAAAAACCAAGCAAACUCAGUAUGCUGUUCCUGAUGCUCCUUAUUCUAUUGGAGCCAAUAUCUCGACAACAGAAUUAAAUGAUUUGGUGAACACAAUAUUAAAGGAAACUGAUACUGAUCAUAAGGAUGUUGAAUUCGAUUUUUUGGUUUUUGAUGAAUAUUUAAAAAGUAACUUAGGAGAUCAUUUAAAAGAACGAGGCAUUUCUUUUGAGGAUAUUAUAAAUAUUGAAUAUGUUGAAAGAUUUCCAGCGCCCGAGCCGCAAGAUUGUUUGCUGCAUGAUGAUUGGGUAUCAGCAGUUAAAACUCAAGAUAAAUGGGUUCUUACUGGAUGUUACGAUAAUACAAUAAAUUUAUGGUCUAUAAAAGGUGACCAUAUUUUAACAAUACCAGGUCACACAAAUCCUAUUAAAGCUGUUGCUUGGGUUAGUUUAAAUGAUGAGACCGGUAUUUUUGUAAGUUGUUCUCAAGAUCAAAAUGCAAUGCUUUGGGAAUGGAAUAUUGCACAAAAUUCUGUUGACUGUGUUUACACGUGUAAAGGUCACGAAAGAGGCAUAGAUUGUGUUGAUGUGAACGCUGAUAAAACUAAAUUUGCUACCGGUAGUUGGGAUACUAUGCUUAAAAUUUGGUCGGCUGAUAUUAGUGAUGUAGAUGAUAGAAAACGUUCCAAAUCUGAAACUGGUGCAACAAGGACUCCACUUGCUACUUUACAAGGUCACCGUGAAAAUAUAUCUGCUGUACAAUGGAUGGAUUCUGACACGAUCAUUACGGCGUCAUGGGACCAUACAAUAAAAUUUUGGGAUCUAAGUUUAGAGGGCAUAAAAAGUGAAAUUACUGGAAAUAAAUCGUUUUUUGAUAUUAGCUAUUCAAAACUCAAUGGGCUUAUUAUUACCUCUUCAGCAGAUAAAAACUUGCGCUUGUAUGAUUCUCGCACAAAUCAGGGAUCUGUUGUAAAGAAUACUUAUUUUGGUCAUACACAAUGGAUUCCAACAGUUAAUUGGUCGAUGGAUUAUGAACAUUUAUUUGUAUCCGGAUCUUAUGAUAACCAAGUAAAAUUGUGGGAUUUAAGAAGUCCCAAAGCUCCAUUGUACGAUUUAAUUGGUCAUGGCGACAAGGUUAUGGCGACAGAUUGGUCUAAUAAAAAAUAUGUUGUUUCUGGUGGUGCAGAUAAUUCGGUUAGAAUAUUCAAGAUAAAAAAAGCUUUUGAAAAAAUUAAAAAUUAAUAUACAUAAAUAUCUGCAUAGUUUAAAUUUAUAUAAGUUUUUGUCAAAUCAAAUACUUUUUUCUUUCAUUCGAAUUUUCUACAUAUUUAUGAAGUAUGCCUGUGUGCAUGUAUGUGCUGAGUACGUGAGUACCU